GACUACCGACACCUGCUCACACCUCAGACAAAGUAUCUGUGCUACUAGUAAGAAAUAAAACAUUAGCUUAACGUGCUAAUACAGCUUUGACUUGGAUUUUACCAACACUAGCAGAGUAAUUUUUCUGUGCUGCCAAUGCCCAUAACCCACGUCUAAGAACCAUACGAACUUACUGCACCCUUUGCCCAAGGCUUCAAUCCCCUUUAGCCAACGAAAGCUCUUGCCCAACUCACGAAACUCCCUCAUGUCUAACCCACCUGUUUAUCGCCAAUGUAACAUCACAGGCUAUGCGCUGACAGAUCCUGGACCGUGGAGGUACCGCUUGCUUUCUGAACCAGCACUCACGGCCGAGUUUACUCGCCUGGUCAAGACUGAAAAUGUACUCGGAUCAGCUUGUGUCUGUCUCCAGCCGAACCGCCAACCUAGCGAAGACAGACAUGCCAUCCGUGACCUCCACCUUCCGCUCGGAAAUUGGCGUUUCGCUGGAGUCUUUGACGGACAUGCCGGUAAAGAGACAGUAGAUUACACUGUUUCUGCCUUCCCUACCUUCCUUCAAAGGUCCUUAUCUGCAGCAUUUGCAAACAUUGACAAAGACUCGUUCUCUCCACAAUUCGUGUCCAAGGCUUUAGCUCAGGCUGUCGUUGACUUUGAUAAUUCUAUCAUGAACGACUUUGUGGGCCUCUUCCCAGGAGGGCUCGAUGGCCUUGCAAAGCUCUCUGACAGUGAGAUCGAGGCCAUAGUCAAUGACUCCGCGUCAGGUGGAAAGAAUAAUAUCAAAGUACUACGAUGCAUGAGAGGCUCGACUCUCCUCGUUUCUCUCCUCGACCCAUCAAGGGAAAAUCUCUGGGUUGCAAGUCUGGGUGACUGCCAAGCUGCCCUUGGAUCGAAAGGCUCGACUGGUGUUUGGCAUUCCACCCUUCUGAGUUCCAACCACAAUGGUGUAGAUGCUGCAGAAACUGAUCGCAUUAAUAAGGAACAUCCAGGCGAAGCAGCCUGCGUGGAGAACGACCGAGUACUAGGUGCAAUCGCCCCAACUCGCGUUAUCGGUGACCACACAUUCAAACUACCAGUUCCCUACACACGGCGCGUCUUCCUGAACACUAUACCCGGUUUCUAUGACACGUCCAAGGUAUUAAAUAUGAUAGGGCGCAGCAAGACACCUCCAUAUCUCUCCAACAUCCCUGACGUCCGGCACGUCGAUCUCAAAGCGCUCAACAGCACAGACCAAUUCUUGCUCAUGUGUUCAGACGGGCUCGUCGAUAUGUACAUGGACGGUCCCCAAGAUGCGGCCUUUUUUGAGAGGGUGGUGGAGAGUUGGGUCAGGAUUGUGGGUGAUAAGAUUGGUAAAGGUGGGAGUGGGUCUGGGUUGGAAGCGCCUGCGCUGUCGCUAAUGCGUGAUGCUCUCGGGGGUGCCGAUGAGGACAAGGUGUCGCGGAUGUUGACCGUGGAGACACCAGAGAAGUGCAUGGACGACAUCACUCUUCUGUUGCAGCGCAUCUGAGACGAUACCAGGUUGGUCAAAGUUUGUAUUAUCCCUAGUAGCUGUAUUAGUAGUAAGGUCUAACCGUUACAUCUAUUUCUAAGGCGUUAGCUCGUCCCUCACAAAACUUUGACUAUCACAUCA